AUGCACGCAACAUGGGCACAGACAGCACAGUGCUUUGAAGCACUCUCCAGAAUAUCCGCCAGAAAGGAAAUCAUAAAGCAGCUGGCAGAGUACUACGCAACACUGGACCAGGAGGAACUAAUAUACGCAGUGUACCUCUCAAUUGCCAGAGUCUCAUCCGAGUCAAAUGGCGUGGAAAUGAAUAUUGGCGAAAAUAUUCUUUUGAAGGCGCUCAGCACAUUUAGCUCAUCCUCAGUUGACGCACUCCGGAAGAAAAUGAAGGAGUCCGGGGAUAUAUCCACAAUUGUAACAGUCUCCUCACGGCCAAGGCUUUUCUUUGCCAAGAAGAAGACACUUUCCCUUGCAGGGGUAUUUGUCGCCUUGAAGGAAAUAUCUGAGCUCACAGGAAAAGAGUCCACUCUAAGAAAGACGCAGCGAAUAGCAGAGAUCCUUACACAGUGCACAGCAAAUGAAGAAGUCAAGUAUAUUAUACGAAUAAUCGAUGGAAAGAUGAAAAUAGGCCUGUCCACGCAGACAGUGCUCUGCAGCCUGGCACUUGCCUUCAGAAAGAAGUUUCCAGACGGAGCUAUCCCCAAAGAGAACUGUGCAGAGAAAGAAAAAGAAGGAAGUUCUGCAGAGACUGCUGCACGGACAGUAAUUAUUGGCGCAGUCGACAAAGAAGGACAGAUUGAAUGGUCAGAGGAAGAGAACAAAGUGAUGGAUGAUAUAAAGGAGGCAUACUCGCAGCUUCCGUCCUUUGACAAAAUCAUUCGGUAUGUGUUUUCGCACGGCCUAUCCGCAGUAAGCACGACUUCUUUGAUCAGGCCUGGGUACCCUCUACGCCCUAUGCUGGCCAUUCCUGAGAAGGACCCAGAGACUGUUGCAGCGCGCUUUAAGGGAGAGUACUUAGUUGAGCAUAAAUAUGACGGUGAGAGAGUGCAGGCGCACUUCUUUGAUGGAAAGGUGGAGCUGUUUAGCAGAGGCCUGGAAAACACAACAGAGCGGUUUAACCAGCUGACAGAGCCACUUAUGAAGGCAAAUAAAACAGGAGUGCCCUUUAUACUUGAUGCAGAGGUUGUGGCAUACUGCCGGAAGACAAAAAAAAUACUCUCCUUCCAGACACUCUCGAACAGAAAGAGAAAAAUAACAGAAUCAAAUGCAGACAGAGAAGAAAGUGACAUUGCACUGUUUAUAUUUGAUCUGCUGUUUCUGGAGAACUCACUGAACAAGCUGCCCAUUCAAGAGAGAAAGAGAAUCCUGAAGGAGUCCUUUUCUGAAGCUCCUGGAGAAAUAUUCAUUGCAGAGAGCUAUAAAUUCACAGAGCACAACACAGAGAGACUUAAUGCAAUCUUUGCAGAUGCAUUGGCAGGCGGCUGCGAGGGAAUUAUGGUCAAAAGUGCAGAUGCAGAGUCAACAUAUGAGCCCUCAAAGAGAAGUCAGAAGUGGAUAAAGCUGAAGUCAGACUAUAUCACAGGCUUGUUUGAAACACUUGAUCUGCUGGUCAUCGGUGGGUACACAGGAAAAGGGAAGAGAACAGGAGUUUAUGGCGGAUUCCUGCUGGGCUGCAUGAACGAGGAUGGAACAGUGCAAACAAUCACAAAGAUUGGAACUGGAUUUAGUGAGGCUGUGCUUGAAGAGCUAAGCAAAGAGAUGCAGGAGCAUACUAUAAGUAUUCCGCAGACCGAGAUAACCCCAGGAAGUGCGCCUGACGUGUGGUUUAAGCCUGUGGCCGUAUGGGAGGUGGCAGCUGCAGGAUUCUCUGUCUCUCCGCAAUACACAGCAGGCAUGGGGGCCAUUGACCUUCCCGACGGAAAGGGCAUUUCCCUGCGGUUCCCCAGAUUCAUUAGAGCAAGAAAAGACAAAACGCCAGAGACAUCCACAUCCAGCGAGCAGAUUAUGGACAUGUUUAGAGCAUCUCAGCAGUAA